AUGGGUUCAGUUUCACUGGCUUCACUACAACGCCACAGUGGGCCGGUGUAUUCCUCACAUGAACCUUUAUAUCAGCACUGGGAUGAAGGAGCAGCUCGGUAUUACAAAUGCAAACAGUGUCCACCUGGCACCCACGUGAAGAGUCACUGCAAUGCAGAGAGGAUGACUGAAUGUUCAGCUUGCCCUGAAGCACACUACACUGAGUACUGGAAUUACCUUGAUGAAUGCCAGUAUUGCAAUGUGUUUUGCAAAGAGUAUCAGUAUAUUAAGCACGAAUGCAACACCACUCACAACCGUGUCUGUGAGUGCAUCAAAGGUCAUCAUUUGGAAUUUGAGUUCUGUAUAAAACACAAAAAGUGCUCCCCUGGGUUUGGUUUAAAGAAACUGGAUAUCACACUGUGUGAUGAGGCGGUGUUUACAUUUAUCACCCGUCAGAAAUUGACAUCUCAGCAGCUGAGAAAACUGCUGGAGAAUUUACCUGGGAAGAAAAUGAAUGUGGAACACUUGGAUUGGAGUAGGAGGACAAAUAUGAUCAAAAUUCACCUUCUCCAUCUUCUGAAACAAUGGAAAAUUGAAAAUGAUGGAGCAGAUACUGUGAAGAGCUUACUGUAUGGCCUGGAGUUAGCCAAUAUUCACAGUGUCUAUCAAAAACUACUGCGCAGGCUUCAUAUAAACAUGCCCAUUGAAAACACUGUGAAUUAAAAGGCUGGAAUAAUGGUUAGUAUUGAGUAAGCAACAGACAGCCUUGACUUGUGGGUAACAUGAUAGAGCAUUAUCCUUUCUUGAGAAGCCUAUCUGUACUGUUUUUAGAGACUGUUGCCAGACUUCCUUAGAAUUCUACUGAGAAUGUUUUCAAAGGUGACAACAGGGCAUUGUAAAAAUAAUGGGGAGAAAUGUGGUGAAUGCUAUGAUAUCACAAGUCAUAUUUUUGACCCCUAAAAG